GCGGGCGGAAGAGCCUCGAGAGCUCGGCGCACGUUCGAGCGGGAGGGGGCGGGGCCGACGGGGAAGAGGCGUGGCUUGCUCCCCCAGCAACCCAGGGUUGUGGAGACCGUUGCUAGGCGCCGGGAUGCUGCGCGUCCUACCUGGUUCCCGGCGCGGAGCAUCUUCUUUCGUCCUCCCUGCUGCGGCCGGCCAUGCACUCCCGGGCCGAGGGGGCCGCGCUGGAGCGGAGGCGCUACCGGGAGCUGCAGAGGCAAAGCCGGAUCUUUGAUGCCCGCGUCAGGACCAUCGGGGUUGACAAGGAAGCUUUGGACACCCAGGUCAAAGACGGAAAGAUCCGAGAAGCAGUUCAGAGGGCCCGUAAUGACUCAAUUGCUGCAGAAAUGAAACAAAACGAUAAGAUCCUCUGUAUGUUAGAUCAACGACAGAAAAAAGAUACUCAGAUUCUCAACAAAGCUAUCAACGAAUUUCGUCAAACUUAUCAGAAGCCAGAAACACGGCGGGAAUUUGACCUGUCUGACCCACAAGGGCCGCAGAAAGACAGCGCUGCUCGCCUUGCUGACAGUGACCCUCGCUGCACCAUAUCCAGCUUGCAGAAGUUCAUGGGAGAAGAUUUAAACAGCAAGAACAGGUGGAGGUUCCAGCAAGAGCAAACAAGAGAAUGGCUUUUUCAGCAAGGAAAGGAGAAGCAGAAUGCGCUGACAGACAAAAAAUGUGCAGGUGAUCUCUAUGACCAACACAGAAUGGCGCUUGAUCAAAAGGCCAUGGAUCUCCAAAGAACAGAUGAGGAAACCAGGCGAGCAAUUUGUAUCACUACUACAGAAUUCAAUAAAGCCCUGGCUGCUGAAUCCGAGCGUAGGAGAAGACUCGAAAAACAGCAAGAAGAAGAAGCAAAAGAAAGGGAGAUUUUGAACCAGCUUCAGGGGGAUCUGCUGACCGAAAACCCACAGCAAGCUGUCUGCUCCUUUGGGCCGAAUCGCGUCAUCACGGAUCGGUGGAAGGGGAUGAGCCAGGAUCAGCUGAAGGAAAUCCGUGAUAUUCAGCUGCAACAAGUGCUGGAGAAGCUGAGGUUGGACAAGGAGGAACGCCAGAGAAACGCGGAAUGGGACCGAAAGCGGGUGCAGGAGGCCAGAGCUGAAUUGCUCUAUGAACGUCACCAGCAAUGGGAGAAUCGGGGCCUGCGGAGAGCGUUAGAUAAUUUUAACGCCCAGCUGUCCCGGGAGCAGAAAAACAAGCAAGCAUAUAUUAAUGAAGAAGUAUAUACAAAUUUUCCUUCUGGCCAAUAUUACACACAGUUUAACACGAUUAGCCGGUGAUGUCGGGGCUGAUACCCACUGUCAAAUAGGUG